AUGACCUCAAGAAGUAAGAGAGUGUUUACUGUAAACAACAUAUCUGGCCAGGUACCUGAAGCUGCAGGAACAUCUGUAUCACAACAGUCUGCUUUAGAAGUAGGGCAACAGUUAGAUGUAUCAAAGUUAUCAGCAUCAUCAUAUACGUUGGAAGAUGCAUAUUGGUCUGAUCAGCACAGAAAAAUGGGCAUAGCUCGUUCCUUACAGCAAGAGCCGGCUUCGGAGGAAGCUUAUGUGAAGAUUCAAGAGGAACAGAUAAAGUUUAUCAAGAAACACUUUACACAAAAAGAGUGCAGACGUUUUGUGCCCCAGCCUGAUCAGUGUGGAAAUGGCAAAUCAUGCAAAGUGAAAGCAUUAAAAUGUCACUGUGGUGAAAACUUGUCUGUGCAUUUUGAGAACGGCUCAACUAUACCAGAAGAAUAUAUCUCACUGGCUAGACGUUUAGAAGAUAUUCUCACUGAAACUCUGCCAGCUCCUAAAGUUAAAUGGAGUGCUAAAGACGAUUUCACCAAAAGUGUAACAAAUGCCUUUGGAAAAAUUGAUUUUAAUAUUGAACAGAUUGGAGGAAAGAAACCAGCCAAGUAUGUCAGACUUAGUUCUGAUGACAGUGUUGAUGAUUGUCUGGAGCUGAUGAAAAAAUUCUGGUACUUCAUGGAACCAGAGCCACCCAAACUGGUUAUUUCAGUCGUUGGUGGUGCCAAAAACUUCAAGCUGGAUGGUCGCAACAGAUCCAUAUUCUCUACUGGGUUGAUUAAGGCUGCCAAAACUACCAAAGCAUGGCUGAUCACUUCUGGAUUUAACAUGGGUGUCAUGAAGUCUGUAGGGCAGGCUGUACAUGAAGGACAAUCAUUUCAGUGGAGCAAUGACCGGGUAUCUCAUGUCCUUCGCUGCAUAGGCAUUGCUCCUUGGGGUUAUGUCAAGGACAGGCAGUGCUUAGAAAGUGAUGGAAAUGGUAAAUUUAAUGCACACUAUCGCUCAAGUACAGUGAUUGAGCACAAGCAGCCAGUUCCACUCAACCCAGAUCACACUCACUUCAUCUUUGUUGACGAUGGGUACAGAGCUCGUUAUGGGGGAGUGGCCAAAUUUCGGUCUGGGUUUGAGAAAAAAAUAGCACAGGACACAGAUGGUGGUUUGGGAAUUCCUGUUGUCCUUCUUCUGGUAGAAGGAGGCACAGAUGCCAUUCAGGAUGUGAGUGCAUCACUUAGUCAAGGAAUCCCUGUGGUUGUGUGUGCAGGCACAGGUCGCGCUGCUGAUAUCAUAGCGUAUGCUUUCAACCACACAGUAACAGUCAACAGCAAGCAGCGAACAAUGUCAGAAAACAACAGAGAAAAGCUAAAACAAAAGAUAGCCCAGACUUACAAGCCAAAAGAUGAGGAACUUGAAAAUCUGACAGCAAAUGUCAUAAAAUCCUGUCAACAAGAGGAUUUGAAACAUGAAGAGCUUGAUCUGGCCAUUUUGUCUGUUUUGCUGAAAGGGAAGACUAACUCCUCUCUUGCAUCUCAGUUAAUGCUUGCCAUGACCUGGAAUAGAGCUGAUAUUGCACAGGAGGAAAUCUUCAGAGAAGAUGUCAACUGGAGUGAGGAAAGCUUGGAAAGCUUUUUAACCACAGCCCUGAUAGAAGACAAAAUUGAGUUUGUCAAGCUGCUACUAAACAAUGGAAUCAUUAUGCAAGAGUAUCUGACAACACAGCGCCUGGAGACUUUGUACAACUCGAUUCCAGAGCACUUUUACUUACAUCAGAUUUUGAAAACAUCAGCAAAUUCUAAGACAGGACCGUUUACUGUGAAAGACAUCAGUAACUUUCUCCAGGACUUGCUCGACAGAUAUGAUGAUGAUGAGCUGGUGGGCAAUCAGAAGGGGCCAAAACUCUUCAGGAAUCCGUACAAACAGUUACUUAUCUGGGCAGUGCUUAUGAACAGAAGUGAGUUAGCUCAUCUGUUCCUGGAACUAGGAGAAGAGCCUAUAACAAGUGCACUCAUUUGUACUGCCCUGUGUUCUGGCAUGGAGAGUAAAGUGCCAAAGUUCAUGUCUGUCAUCAGAGAUAGUUUCCACAACAUGAAAGUUGAAUUUGAGAAGCUGGCGAUUGGUGUUCUUGAUGAAUGUCAUGGUAAUAACCCAGACAAGGCUGUCAUGCUUGUAGGAAGGAAGUCUCCGGUGUGGAGUAACCUAACUUGCCUGCAGAUUGCUAUCUCUGCUGCUGACCAGGCAUUUGUGUCAUCUGUGGCUUGCCAGAAUUCCAUUGACAAUGUCUGGAAAAGUGGAAUCAUAUCAAGUUGGCCAAAGGUGUUUAUGUGUGCUGUAUUCCCUCCAUUCAUUCUGUUUUUUGUUGAAAUGAAUCUGAUGGGAAGGAAGGUUAUGUCCAAAACUCAAAAGAUUCUUACAUUUUAUACUGCUCCAUUGACAAAGUUUUCAUUGUUUUCGGCUGCAUAUGUGGUCUUCCUAGCCUUGUUCACAUACAUGAUAUCUGUGGAUUAUAAUCAAGUUCCCUCAGUCACUGAAUGGAUUGCAAUUGUGUGGAUUUUUACCUUCUUUGUAGGGAAGAUCCAUGCAUUCCUUGUGUUUCCAUCUGCAUCUUUUUCUGGGAAAAUGAGAGACUACUUUGGCAUUUUUGACAGACUGGACUUUGUCAACUUGGUGCUGGCUAUGUGUGCUUUUUGUGUACGAUGGAGCCAUGUCAAUGAGGGCAAAGUAAUCUACUGCAUCAACGCCAUUAUCUUCUAUAUUAGUAUCAUGAAGUUGUACACAGCAAAUAGGAUUCUUGGUCCCAAGCUUUAUAUGAUCAACCGCAUGCUGGUUGAACUGGGCAAUUUUUGCAUGGUUCUUGUUGUGUUCCUGCUGGCUUACGGUGUGGCAAGUCAGGCACUUCUCUACAAACACAGAGAUACUUCUUGGCAGAUCCUCAAGGAUAUACUCUACUUUCCCUACUGGCAGCUUUACGGGGAGCUUUUCCUAGAAGAGCUGGAGACUGACGAUGCAUGCACUAGAGCACUUCAGGAUUCUUUAAAUGGUGCUCUAACAGAUGUAGAGAACACGUGCCGAACAUUCCACUGGCUGGUGCCAGUAUUACUGGCUCUCUAUUUGCUCAUGGGAAAUGUCCUUUUGCUGAAUUUACUUAUUGCCAUUUUCAGCCAUGUUUUUGAGACUGUGGAGAACAACUCCAUUGAGAUUUGGAAGUUCCAGAUGUAUUUUCUUGUCAUGGAGUUUCAGAAUCAACCUCUCAUGUUUCCCCCACUUAGUGUAUUCUUCAAUGCCUGGCAUUUCAUACAAUGGAUGUGUAACUGGCUUUCUUGUCACAAGCAACCAAAACCUGAACAGUUCAGGAAGUACCAUUUAGAAUACUUGUCUCUGUUUGAAAAAGAAAUGCUGGCAAACAAACUGAGGCCAGUAAAGGCUAAUAUCAUUUACUCUCUUGACAUGAAGUUUAAUGCGCUCCUAAACAGAAUGGAUGAGCUUACCAAAAUGAUUGAAGAAGAAGUGUUAUCAAAUUUGCCAAAUGAGACACUCAAGAGCAAACAAGAAACAAAUAACACGAAGACAAAGACACAAGAACGUCACUCAGAAUCAGCUUCAGCCAAACCAGAACUGAAUGAAGAAAAUCUGCCAAACUCUGCAUCUGUCAAAGUUAUGGCAAGGGCAGAUGAAGAAAAUCUGCCAAACUCUGCAUCUGUCAAAGUUAUGGCAAGGGCAGAUGAAGAAAAUCAGCAACCUGCCAGCAAAGACACAGAGCUUCAUGUUUCCUCAGAUGCUGCUAUGGCAAGUCAUUCACCAAAUGAGGACCAAAUGUCCCAGCUGUCCAGUCAGCAUGGGUACAGUGACAAAAAUGAGAAAGUUCAUGUGUCAGUGGAUAAUGUGAAUGGUUCCAGUUUAUCAAAAGAUUCGUUAUCAAGGUAUGUAGUAAACCAGUCUCUGGAUUCAAAUGAAGACUUAGUUCCAGUGGAAAUGUUACCUAAUGAAGAGUCAAUGAUAAGAACACCACACAGAUCCAAGAAAUAUUCUGCAAAGAAGUUGAAUAAACACGCAUCAUUUGACUCUACUGACAGUGAUACUCCUCACCAGAAGAUGCGUGUCAGACGACAUAUGAAACAGCAAAGUGAUGACGACCUACAAAGCCGCAUAGAAAGGGCUAGUCACUCUAAUUAUACUAGAAAAAUGCUUUAA